AUGGAAAUGCUCGGUCUGGUGAAGGGUCAGAUAGCCCCCGAGGUCGAUGCAUUCCAAACUGUAUCCUCCAUGGUGAACAAAACCGUCCAAGCGAUCAACCAAUUGAAGGUCGCCAGGAAACAGAUGAUGAACAAGUCAGCCAAUUCAUCUUCUUCGACCCCCAACCAACCCCACACGGAUGCUGGAGCGAACACGCGGAAGAAAAGACGUCGAGUUUCUGGAGAACAAGAGCAGACCCGUGCCGCCGCCGUCACUACGGAAUCAAGUAGGGAAAUGCGGUCCGCCAAACGAGUUUGCGACGCUCCCUCUCAACCGCCGCCCGAACAAGACAGGCACGUCACACCAACGUCAUUAGGAACGGAAGACAUCUCUGCUGAAGUCCAGCGACGCCUGAAGAUCAAGGAAGAGCAAAGACGAAAGCGAGAAACCCCUAAGCACGAUAAGCGCAAAAGGGACAGCUUGGCGUCCAAUGACGGUGCGUCGCCUGGCGCGACUACAAGACCUCGAAAAAAGCGAGCGAAGACAGACAGUGAUCGCAAGAGAAGUGGGGAGUUGGAGGAAAAUUCUUCGAGAAAGAAGUUGCGCGGGACGCCUUGA